AUGGAGCCAUCUUCUCUGUCUCCCAGUGGGGCAGCCCUUCCCUUGCCCCUGUCACUGGCCCAGCCCCCACUGCCAGCAGCUGCAGUGGUACAUGUGUCUUUCCCUGAGGUGACCAGUGCCCUCCUGGAGUCCCUCAACCAGCAACGACUACAGGGCCAGCUCUGCGAUGUGUCCAUCCGAGUACAGGGCCGAGAGUUCCGUGCCCAUCGUGCUGUUCUGGCUGCCUCCUCCCCUUACUUCCAUGACCAGGUCCUACUCAAGGGCAUGACCUCCAUCUCACUGCCCAGCGUCAUGGAUCCAGGCGCCUUUGAGACUGUCCUGGCCUCUGCUUACACUGGCCGUCUCAGCAUGGCUGCUGCUGACAUUGUCAACUUCCUCACCGUGGGCUCUGUGCUCCAAAUGUGGCACAUUGUGGACAAGUGCACUGAACUCCUCCGUGAAGGCCGUGCCUCAGCCACCAUCAGCACCUCUACAGCGCCCUCAGCCACUGUCCCUGGUAGUGGGGCCCCAGCAGGGAGUGGGGGCACUGUGGCCCCCACUCCCGUGGGCUCUGUGCGUUCUCAUGCCUCCAGUCAGGCCAGUGAGAACCAGUCCCCGAGUAGCAGCAACUACUUCAGCCCUCGAGAGUCCACUGAUUUCUCCUCUUCCUCCCAAGAGGCAUUUGCAGCUUCUGCAGGGGGCAGUGGAGAGCGGAGAGGAGGGGGCACUGUAUUCCCAGCCCCUGUGGUGGGCAGUGGUGGGGCCACCUCUGGAAAACUGCUGCUGGAGGCGGAUGAACUGUGCGAUGAUGGUGGGGAUGGCAGGGGCGCGGUAGUCCCCGGGACUGGACACCACCGUCGGCCCUCCUACGCACCCCCCAGCAUCAUGCCGCAGAAGCACUGGGUAUAUGUGAAGCAGGGUGGAAACUGUCCAGCGCCAGCACCUCUGGUUCCCCAGGAUCCAGAUCUAGAGGAGGAGGAAGAGGAGGAGGACCUGGUGUUGACCUGUGAGGAUGAUGAAGAUGAAGAGCUGGGGGGUGGCUCAGGGGUCCCAGCAGGGGGAGGGCCUGAGGCUACUCUGAGCAUAAGUGAUGUCCGCACCCUGACUGAGCCUCCAGACAAGGGGGAGGAGCAGGUCAAUUUCUGUGAGUCCUCCAAUGAUUUUGGUCCCUAUGAAGGUGGGGGUCCUGGGGCUGGGCUGGAUGACUCAGGGGGGCCUACGACCUCCUCCUACACACCUUCCCACCCUCCACGGCCUCUGCUUCCCCUGGACAUGCAGGGCAGCCAGAUCCUAGUCUUUCCCUCAUCUUCACAGGCUUCAGGCCAACCACCAGGGAACCAGGCAGAGCAUGGGGCAGUGACGUUGGGGGGCACGUCAUCAGGGGGCUUAGGUGUACCAGGGAGCACUAGCGGGGCCUCUGGGGGGACAGGUGGUGGGGACGGAAAUAAGAUCUUCCUGUGCCACUGUGGAAAGGCCUUCUCACACAAGAGCAUGCGGGACCGCCAUGUGAACAUGCACCUCAACCUGCGGCCCUUUGACUGUCCCGUGUGCAACAAGAAGUUCAAGAUGAAACACCACCUGACCGAGCACAUGAAGACGCAUACAGGCCUCAAACCCUACGAAUGCAGUGUUUGCGCCAAGAAGUUCAUGUGGCGCGAUAGCUUCAUGCGCCACAGAGGACACUGUGAACGUUGGCACCGCCUGGGUGGGGCGGGGCCUGGGCCGCCCACUGGGUCAGUUGUACAGCCCAAGCGAGAGUCCCAUGGGGCAGGGGGCGGUAGUGGCGAUGAGACGAGUGGGGCCACACCGCCUCCCAGCCCAAGGGUCUGGUCCCCAACUAGUGUUCACAAGGUGGAGAUGGGCUUCAAUGGGGGCGGAGGGGCAAACUGA